AUGGUGAAGGAAACGGAAUACUACGAUGUUCUGGGUCUGAGCCCCACAGCCACCGAUGCCGAGAUUAAAAAAGCUUAUUAUGUCAAGGCUAGACAGGUCCAUCCAGAUAAAAACCCAAACGAUCCUUUGGCAGCACAAAAUUUUCAGAUUGUAGGGGAGGCUUACCAAGUGCUGAGUGAUCCAUCCCAAAGACAAUCUUAUGAUGCCCAUGGAAAGUCGGGAAUUUCAACGGAAGCAAUUAUUGAUCCUGCAGCAAUUUUUGCAAUGCUCUUUGGAAGUGAGCUUUUCGAGAAAUACAUUGGUCAGCUUGCCAUGGCAUCAAUGGCUUCCUUGGAUAUAUUCACAGGAGAAGAUUUUGAUGCUAAAAAGUUGCAAGAGAAAAUGAGGAUUGUUCAAAAGGAAAGGGAAGAGAAGCUUGCUGGUAUACUGAAAGAUCAAUUGAACCUGUAUGUCCAAGGUCAUAAAGAGGAAUUUAUUCAUAAUGCUGAAGCCGAAGUAUCAAGGCUCUCGAGUGCUGGUAACAUAUCAGUUUUUUUCAUUUUCCAGUCCAGUAAUUACUUCAAGUUCCCUAGACUUUUAUAUUGA